AUGGUGAACACACGAGCUGAAGGGCCGUCUGUCGAUGGGCAAGACUCUUCUGAGCUUCCUCCAACUUCUAUCCCCCAGGAUGAGGAUCUCAAUGUCGCCCCGAAAAUGUCCCGGCCCCUCGAGGAAGACGACGGUGCAGUCUCUCCCCGAGCCUCCAAGAAGCCGCGCCUCAAGUCGGAGCCAGGAGACCUCUCACUCCUACCACAACCGCCCACUGUUGUGGACCAAGGACCAGGAAAUCAGAUCGAAGAAGAGUUGGCCUCGGCCCUGGGUCCUAGUAUAGUCGACACGGUAGAACGCCAAGAUGACAAACCUAGUCACAUCGGGACCCCUGCCGAAAGCGCAGUGGCACCGGAACCCAACCAGGACAUUGAUACGGAUAUAGCUACAGUCAUUUCAAGCAUCAUGAACCAUGCGGAACGGGUCGAGGAACAAUGCGCUAUCGGGCAGCAGCAAUUGGCAGAUAAUUCUGGCCAGUUGGCUCCAAAAGGAAUGGUAUUUGUCAAAGCAAAUUCCCACCUUAAAAUUCAAAGUUUGCCCAUUCUUGACAACCUAGUAAGCAUAAUUUUGGAACAGCGCUUUUUCUUUGCAUGGAUCAAGUAUGUUCUAACAUUCAUUCAGUCUACCCAAAUUCUAUCUCUGCUGGCAAAAUCGACUUAUCAGGAUAUCACCUCGUUUGUCUCCGAGCCGGAUUCCGAAAAUGGACAAGCUUAUGCUACCAUGAGGUCGCUUUUUGACCACACCAAGAAAGUGUAUUCAACCAAAAAGUCCUUCCUGUCUGCUACCGAACUUGAGCUCACAGAGUCUUCUCAAGUCGACAUCAUCAGGAAGGCCAACCUUGCCUCGUUUGUCUCCAGCAUCUUUGGAACACAAGAGAUUGGAUUCUCCGAACUAAAUGAUAACUUCCUCGAUGUUUUUGUUCCGGAGGGUGGUCGUCUACUUAAGGUACAAGGAGCUCUCUUCUUAGAGCUGAAAACACAGGCUUUCAUUGCCUCAAUGAAUAACACGGAACGAUCACGGACUGAGCUGUUGUACGACUUAUUUCCCGAUGACUUAGAGCAGCGUCUGCUUGAAAGACGUCCAGGAACUCGUCAACUUGCUCCAAGCGAAACUGAUUUUGUGAAUCGCGCCAAGUCGCGCCGUGAUAUCCUCCUCAACGAUAUCAACAAUGAAGAAGCGAUGAAGGCCUUGCCAGACAAGUAUCAUUGGGAAGAUUUCCUCAGGGAUCUAAGCUCUUAUGUCACCAAGAAUUUCGAUACGAUCAGUAAUCAGCAGUCAAAAAAGAUAACCAAAGGACGUCAGCCAUCCUCUUCGAGCGGGGACACGCAAGAGCCAAGCAACGCUCCCCUUCAAGGCCAAUUUUCAGUUGCUUCUCAGCCUCCUGACGUUCCCGUUGACAGAAACAUGCACGGUGAUCUCGUUGCUCGCGCUGCUCGUGCAGCACAGAUUGCAUUGCAGGGCCAUGGGCUGAGACGCUCUCAGCAGCAGUCACAGCAACAGCAGCAGCAGCAGCAGCAACAACAACAACAACAACAGCAACAGCAACAACAACAACAGCAACAACAACAACAGGUACAGCUUCACCAACAGCAACCUCAGCCCCAACAACAAACCCAGCAGCAGCAGGCGCCUCAGCAGCCUCAACAUCCCAUUCAACAGCAGCAGCAACCCCAGCAGCAACAUGUACCUCAUCACCCAACCCAGCAAGGUGCACAAAUCUAUCACGGCUAUGCUCCUGCUCAACCAAGUGGCCAGCUUCCACCUCAGCAGCCUCCUCAUCAUCAGCAGUAUCAGCCAAGUCCUACACCCCCAGGUUAUCAACCACAGCCCACGCAGCCUACCUUUCAGCAGGGACCAAUCCAGGCGAAUUUCCAACAAUAUAACCAUGGCGCCCCAGUCUCCAUGCCUGGAAGGCCAAAUUCUGCAGCUGCCAAUCAUGGGUAUAUGCCUGGCAUCCCUCAUUAUUCGCAGUCGCAGCCGACUCAAGUCCUCUACGAGCGGGCUCGUAUGGCAGCAUCGGCGAAGUCAUCCCCCAGUAGCCGCAAGUCAGGCCUACCAAGCCAGCGUAGACCUUGGACAACAGAAGAGGAAAAUGCAUUGAUGGCUGGUCUAGAUCGUGUCAAGGGGCCCCACUGGAGUCAGAUUCUAGCAAUGUUUGGCCCUGGAGGUACUAUUAGUGAAGCACUGAAAGAUCGGAAUCAGGUUCAGCUCAAAGACAAGGCACGCAACCUGAAACUUUUCUUCCUUAAGAGUGGAAUCGAAGUUCCCUACUACCUGAAGUUCGUUACUGGUGAAUUAAAAACUCGUGCACCCGCUCAGGCUGCCAAGCGUGAAGCACGAGAGCGGCAGAAGAAGCAAGGUGAAGAGGACAAAGCUCAUGUCGAAGGAAUCAAAGGAAUGAUGGCCCUAGCUGGCGCACACCCUCAGCCGGUUGCCUUAGGCCACGGUCAUGACGGCAUGUCUGCAUCUCCCAGUCUGCCACCUGAUGCUGGUGCUCAUGCAGCAUUCGAUCAAACCGCUGAGCAGAAUUUGAUGCAAACCCUUGGUCAGGAGGUGCAUGGAGAUCAGUUCGGACAACACCAGCAUCAUCAACAUCAACAUCAACAUCAUCAGCACCAGCACCACCCACAUCAUCAGGAUCCUGUUGAUCCAAAUAUGCAUCUUGGACAGUAG